GUUAAAGAAAUGCAACGCGCAAGCUCGUAGAAGCGGGCUCCGAUUGCACUAGACGAAACAAAUUGUUUAAGUCGACAACUGGCAGGCCUCUAAUACAAUGCACGUUGAUUUUACUUUCACGUCCCGCCACUACGCCCUACUCGGCUGAGGUUUAGGUUUCUUGACACAUGGAAGUUUUGACUUAGUUUGUAGCAUUUGGUAACGAUUGGUGAUGCUUGACAAUGAAGCGUCAUAGUCAGCCUGAUGAAGAUGAGACGCCUGAAGCUUCGCACCAGACAAAGACCCGUCGGAUAUCACCUACGGGAAGGAGAGUAAGUGAUGAAGAAGGAUCAGGUGAUCUUGAUUUGAAUGCUACCCCUCUAGGAUUCGACCUCAAUGCUCCAGUGGAAGAGGAGGAUGUCUUGCAAGCCAACAACAACUGGCUGAGUUCUCAUCAGGACGUAGAGAACAAGGCUGAAAUUGACGAGGCAUUGAGAAUAAAUUCUCUUCCAUCAGAGGCUUCAUCUCUUGAUCAAUCGAAGGCAGAAACUGUGCCUCUCGUAGGUCACGAUAGUGUGCAGGCGGUGAUAAAGUCGGAGGAUGUCUAUGAACCUCGACAUCCAAUCCCUGAUGAAGAUCCUGUUGGGCUUAGUCCGAAAGAGGAAGAGGGCUCAGAUCAAGGGGAGUCCCCGUUCGUGAAAGCAGAGGAAAUCGAGGAUUUGGAAGAGAAACCCCAAGUUACAGUUCCAGCUGUUUUCUGUCGGCCAUUUGAACCUUUAAACCUCACCGCAUCUGAUGAAGAACUGGAAAUCCUUAGAUCCGUGUGGAGCGCGUGGCAGCAGGAAGAUGUGGAGGCUCUAGAUAUGACAAUGGCAGACACGUUAGAAGAGCUAGGAAAGCAUGCUUUGAAUCCUAAUCGUUAUCUUCUUCUGAGCUCUAUAUAUGUAGCAAAGAAGCUUCCCGAAGCAUUCAGCCUACCUCGAACAGUCAAGGUCUUGCUCACCUUCUUGGAAUCAGCGGCUGCGCAAACAGUGGUUAAGCGUCAAAGUUUGCUUCCAAUGCUGGCGUGCAAACUUCUCUUUCGAGCUUUUGCUGGAGAACCUGACUGGCCGAUUGAGUUUGUACAGGUUUAUCUGUUGGAUUCCACUGGUUCUCGUGCCUGGAUUGAUCAUGAAGGAUGUAAGGAGUUUGUCUCUAAUGUAUUGACGGCUUUUCCCGACUCAGUGCUCGAUGUUUCUGAGGACACCACUGGUCCGAAAUCUUCGGAACAAGUAGGAACUGGAGAUUCGCAGCAAAUUCAAGGUGUUAAAGCAGAAGGUCAUGGCAUGCAGUCAGCAAUUAAAAAUAGGUAUUCACAAGGAGAAAUGCAACAGAAAGUUCGAGCCGAGUUUUGUCAGUCUCUAAAUCAACUGUUAGGAGCAGCAAUGUCCAAGGAAAACCCUCGACAACUUAUAAGGCUACUCAUGCAAGGUGCUGGCUUUGAGGAGGUAAGAGUGGUGGCUUCAAGUAUGUUAGAGGGUUGGUUAAACAACCCAGUUCACUUGCGAUCUGCCAAAACUCUCCUAGAUCGGAUUCUUCAGCAUACGCGUGGAACGAGUGAAAACGAUUUUAAUACUGUUGCAAACUUGCUCGCUCUUCGCGUUUCCUCAACCCAAGCUCCCGGGCAGAUAAAGACUAUACACAACAACAUUUUCUCUGAAAUGAUCACUCAGCUUGUGAGGCGUAGACCUGAGUAUGCAACGCUUGCUUUGAAGACAUUUGUUACAACCGAAUUACAAAGCAAAAAUCCCCACAAUAUCAAGAGUAUCAUUACAGUUUUGAAAGCUGUGCCAUCUGAAGACAAUCCUCCAGAAUACGAGCUUGCUAAUAUUUUACAGGAGCUAGCAGCUAGCGAUGAAUCUCGUGGUCUCCUAUGUGACUUUGUACGAAGGAUGAUGAAGCAAGCAGGUGGUGAGUUUGAUGUCCAUGCUUUAUGUCACGGUUUAAUUCAGCCAUGGCCACUUAUGGCUGAGCAGGAGGAGUCACUUAAAGAGGCUUGGAUUAACAAGCUGGUGGAUCUCACAUGUCAGUUACUGCUUCAUGCUGCUGCCCCCUUUGUAGAGGAUGAAGGCUUGUUCAAUACAGUCACCUCAUCAUCACAUUUGGGUACUACUUCAGGGACGUCUGUUUCUGGAUUUGGUUUAGAGAGGUCAAGCUCUGGUGGUCCCUUAAGAGACAAAUUGGCCACGUUGGAAAAGCUCAGCAUUGAGACACAAAACUUUCAGAUGCAAGCCAUGGCCUGGUGCACUGACGUUUUGGCAUUAUAUCUACCACAUAUUGGGCAUGCACAUUUCAAGAAGAUAGUGCGUCAGCUGCUGUUUCUAGAAGAAGCGGAGGCAUACUUUUCACACGUGGAUCCGGCAAUGGACGCGGAAUCAAAGUGCGUCAAAUUGCUGGGAGCAUGUACAAGAGCACCGGAGGAGAUUGUUGCACGGUUGAUCCUGAUGGGAAUUUCUAACUUUCCAAUGGAACCUGCUGAAUCACUGGAUAUUAUUGAAGUUCUCGUCUGCCGAGCUGCGAAGCUUGAAAGGUUCAUGGAGGGCUCUCUUGUUGCUUCAAGUUCUCAGUUGCCAGCCGCUAUAUUCAAACUCGCAUCAUUUAACUUGCGAGGUGUCACUCGGCAGCCUUUACCGCAGCUUGUGGUGAAAGAUAUGUAUUGGAAGGCCUGCCUCGUGGUGCUCAUUGUAGCUGUUUUUAAUCUUACUACCAUUGGUAAUUUUGUGUGGGAAAGCAUUCCUUCUCUUAGAAGCCUGAUGGAGGUCCUCAUUGCUGGUGACAAAGCUUUCAGAUCCAACAGUUGCAGUGAAGCUUCGCAGUUGGAGUUUGAAAAAACAGAAGCAGAUGCAGAGCAACUCGACAUGAAAGCAGAGGAGGCAGUAAAAAAAAAUUUGGCUGAAAAGAAAAGUUCGGAAUCUAGUAUGGUAGAUGGAGAUGAUCUGGAGAGCUCAGAGACUGAGUGGAAGGGGAAGUUAAUGAUUUUGAACCACUCUGGGCCCAUACGCAGACCUACCCAAGUUGUAUAUGACAAGCUGAAUAAGCUCGAUGAAAUGUUCCAGCUAGGACAUCUGUUGAGAAAAUGUCGCAAUCCUGACUUUUUCUCAAAGGUGACUGCUCUUCAGACUAUGCAACAGGCCUGGCCGUGGUUACAAAGUAUUGUAUCAAGGGAACCUGAAGUGAUUUUUUACUUACCCACUGCCUGGCAGUGUGAGCUUCUGUACAUGCUAGAGGGGAGUCAUCCCACCACGCAGAUGUUAUCAGUGGACCUUUUGCAGCUGCAAGCAGAGUUACGUGAGACCGUCACCACUCCAAGCAACGAGAAGGAAAUCGAAACCAUAAUUGGCUUUCUCGCUCAAAAGCUUAUGGCCAAACAAUUUUCUGUCCGAUCUCGUGCACGAAGGUGCCUAAGUAGCUUAUUUCAUACUACUCCUAAACAACAUGACACCCAAGUUUCACUUCCUCCAUCACCACGAGAACAUAAACGUACAGAUACAGCUUCUGGAAUAACAAGUAGAUGGCCUGUUCACGCCAUGGACACUGCACAACCUCAUCACUCCAAAAAAUUAAUGGUUGGAUCCAGUGGGACCUCAUCUUUGCAUGUUUCACCAGGAAUUUCCUCUGGAUUGGUUGUCGCUACAUCUUCUGCAGAGCGGAUAAGGGCGUUUUCGCAAUAUUCGGGCUUUGAGGACUAUACAGCUUGGUUGACCUCACUGGAAAGUUUACCGACAGCCUCAAGGCUUAUAGCUGUUUUAUUGCCUUCUAUACAGGUUGCUAUACAGCAAGAAACUUCUGUUAGUGUGGUGGUUGCGUAUCUAGAAUUUUUGAAAAAACACGCAUCACCUCUUCCUUCGCAACAAUCUAUGGCUUGCAUACUUGCGACUUUCAUUAUGCAAAGAAAAAUGCUCACUGCCAGCCUCUUGUCGGGCCCAUCGACACUCCCUAGUGCCUUCGUCUCGGCAUGUGUGGAAUCAAAGUCUCAUUCUAAUAUAGUAGAUUUGAUUCUGGAGUCUCUUUGUGAAGCUUUAGAAACUGGUACGCAUCCUGAUUCAGUUACAGAUGAGGCCGCUUCCCACUCCCACAUGGUAACACUUGCGUCUCCACAAAACCUUGGAAAUGAACAAGUUGUUCGACGAGUAAAUCUACAGAAGGUAGUAGUAGAUGCUUCACUUAAAGUGCUGUCUCUCUUAGCCUUGAAGCAUAGUGAUGUCGAUGAAGAGAAACAAGGGUUUUCGAGGCUGUUGAGCAUUCUAUUUCCAGAUACGCAGUUUUCUGUUGCUUGGCUCGAAGGAAGGAAGGGAGAGAAGUUGCCUUUACUUUCAGAGGAUCAGGCACUUCUGUUUGCACGAUGCAAUGUGGCAAAGCUUAUACGUGCAGGUUUGGCAGCAUUAUCUCUUCGAUCCAAGCUCGACCUAUGCGAAAAGCUGAGUUUAUCUUCAACAGCCGCAACAGCCCUUCUGCAAGAUCUUGAUGCUGUGUCUCAAGUCAGGUUGGAAGCAGAGCUGGGUCCAAGAGGUUCCUUCUGCCGGCAUGCUAAGAAACUUCAGAAAUGCGUGCGUGCACUUAUGCAACCAGGAAACCCAUCGGGUGUUUAUUUUUCAGGUUUUCUGGAUGCAUAUGCUCCUCCGGCUGUGCGAGACGUAUCACAACCUCAGAUACUUUUGCCUCCUUCAAAACUUGAAUAUUCGGAUGAUGUGGCUAGAAAUGAUUCUGGGAAUGCAAGAGCUUUGACAGGGGAGGAGCUGGCUAAUCAGUUGAUUAUCUGGCUGAAACUGCUGCCCGUUGGAACAUUCUCGUCUGACCGUACUAAUAUUGGUCUAGAACUUACGAAGACAUCACCUUAUUUGGAUUUUAGACACACCGUACAACAAGCCUUAUUGUGUGCCAAUGACGAUAACGAGAGUACCGUAGUAUCAUCAGUUACUGCUUGUGUGCGUUCGCUAGAAAGUCUUCAUUUUCAUGAGUCAUUAUUAUUAAUCCUUCCAAUCCUCAACAUUCUUCAGAGAAUUAACAGUCGUAAUCUUCAGGAACUUUUGAGUGCAUUUAUAUCCCGGAUCGAGACUGGAGUUGAAGCUAAUAACUUAUAUGAUAGGAUUUUGAACCAAAAGAUAAUCUUCAAAAAGAAGAACCUCCUACAAAUGAAUGAGCUUAAAUGUAAUGAGAGUAGCACCGAUCAAUUAGUUCGUAUCGUCAAAAAUUUGACCCUAAGAAAAUUUAGUCAAGUUCCUUUACACAGAAUAGAGAGGAUCUUACGCUAUGCACUUAGUGCAAAAUUGAAUUAUGUUCCGGUUAACAGUGAAGAUGGUGUUAGACAAGUUCCCGAGGGUGCAGGCUCAGAAUAUGUGAAUGAAACGUUGAUUUUGGAAAUGUUAGAUUUACUAAGGGCUUGGAAACCUAAUCGUGGAAACGUUCAUAAGUCUUUAGACCUGAAAGAACAAGUCGAACUGGUUGGACGGUGUGCUCUCGUUUGUGAAUAUCUAAUGUUCUUAGAUCCUGAAUUUUUGUCCACAUCACAUCUUUCUUCUCUUUUUGAAGACUCAUUUUUGUACAAAAACACCACUGUUUUCUCAAUCCCUAAGCUGGCCCUGGACCUCAUCACCCUGAGAAGCUCCUGGCAGAGUAUAUCAAGGAUACUCAAAGUCAUCCUGGGAGUAUUUGUGAAGCAGAAUGAAGGUAUUCGUGAAGGAAAAAUUCCAGACACAAGUGAAGCUACGUCCGCGCGUUUUGUGCGUGAGGAAGUUCGUGAAGAUCCCUACCUCCAAAAGGUGCCGAGGAGGGAGGUUUUUGAUGAGGCUGGUUCAAUAUUGGAAUUUAUUUUGCUAUGUGUGCGGCACCCCAGGACUAUUCUAGCUUGUCGCCUAAACGAUGAACUGGAUCCGUUUGGAAGCACCAAGACAAUUCUUUCCUCAUUCGACCAUGGACUAGAAGAGGCAUUGGCAACAAUAGCAAUUGCGGACUUGAUGGUCGCAAGAUCGUCAACACUUCAAUUUCAUCAUAAUUCAGAUGAAAGUGACUAUUCUGGCAAAUUCUCUUUGAGUACCUGUGUGGUUGACCAACCAGCUUUAGUAUCAUCAAGUAGGGCUAUGCAAGUGCUAUUGGUUGCAGCUUGUCAAGGAAAACGCUUUCUCUCAACUAUCAUUGAACAGCUUAAUAGAGUUGGGCAAGGGAGCUUUGCUGAUGUGCUUUUUAGUCUAAACUCUAAGUCAGAAGCGAAGGAAAGCACAAGAAAAGCAGCUGCUGGCGCAGCUCAAGAGCUUUUGGCGGGCCUUUAUGUAGCAUUCCCAGUUUCAGUCCGGACAGUUUUGCAGUCUUUAAAAGAUAAAAAAUGCCAAGCUAUUGACUUGUCCUCCCUCCUGCAAGAUCACAAAUUCAUAUCAAGAACAUUUACUCAGACCUGUACAUUAAAUAAUACUCUGCACCGUGCAUUAAGAUCUAUUUGUAAAGGUUGUGAGAAGGAAGCCAAAGCAGCUUACGGUUUCUGCCAUGACAUGGCCAGACAACAUCCAGCCUUGCUAGUUCCUCAUUUACCAACUUUCUCCGUCUUGCUCAAGGAAAUGUUGCCUUCAGUGAAACUGCAAGAUACUCAAAUUCGAACAACGGUUGCGCGUACUUACACACUUGGCAUUAGCUUGCUGGAUGCUUUGCGUCCAUACCUGCUGGCAGAUAAUCAGAACAAUCUUCCAAUGUCCAGCAGAAAAGCUUCUUUAGAGGCCAUGUUAGGGUUUUAUUUUGAGUUUCUUCAAUGUCUGGAGAUACCGGACCGUCCUCAGUUCGCAAAAGUAGUCGCCCGUCUAGCAGACUUUCUUUGUCACUGUGUAGAUGCAGGUGGUUUUUAUCGAGACUACGUACUGUCCUAUCGAACACCUGUUCUUCAAACUUGUGCACAGACUUUUCAUAAAAUUAAAAAACUAGGCUUCCUUCUUGGGAUGCUUGACAAGCCAGUACAGACGUGGGCAAAUACCGUACCGAAAUCCUCAAGCAGUGCAGAUGAAGGGAAGACUUCAAUGGGUGGAAACUUGAUAGGACCUCCAUCGCUACCCCUGGAAGAUGUUUUGAAGGUUCGGACUCAACUUCUGCAGUGUAUCAGAUGGCAGGGAUCCAAAAAACCUCAAGAUUCAAGACUGGAGCUGUUUAAUACAAGAGUCAAUUCAUACAGCGUAUGGUACGAGAUGAAGGGACUAGACGUGGAAGAAGUCAAUCUAACAGCCACGCUCUUAGACCUUGAGAGAGCCUCAGCCCGCAUGCCCAUGAUCCUUUCUGCACUAGAGGAUUCUUUACUAGAAUUAACAGAUGUCAGUGAUUCAAACGUGCGAGAUCGAGCCUAUGUUCUUCUUGAACGUUUGCUACUCCAUUGUCCUAGUGAGAGCAGUGCCACCAAUAUUUUACAGAGGCUCCUUCAACAGCUCUCCUCAUCAGAUACCUCCCUAGCUAAAACAGCUGCUCGACAGGCCGUUCGAUUUUUCUACUAUUGUUCAGAGUUUCAGGAGACCAUAUUGGUGGAGAUGUUACAGAUGGGUCGCUUUGCCUCAGAAGAUUUGCAGCAACUGCUUCUAGGUCUUUUCACAGUCUCUGGUGGCCCUUUACAAUAGUUAUGUCCGUAACCGUUUUUCAAAUGUUGUAUAGAGCGUUAACUGACAUGUCAUCAAUUGGACGGCGAAAAAGAUGCAUUCUGUGCAUUUUAUCUAAGUGGCACUUAUCGGAAUAAAUGAAAGGUGGUAGAGUAAAAGAGUCUUUCCACUUGAAGUGCUAUGCCUUGGGAUGGGAUUUACCUUGAGGAUAUCUGAAAUUCUUUGGGAUGGGACUGCACGUAGCAAAAUAUGGUUCAUUAGAACCAUUUGCAAUGUAAUCUCAUCAAUACUGCUUGUGGACCAAGGUUUUGGUCUAAUCAUAGCAUUGGAAUACUCUGUAGCUACCCAUUCUUUUGGCGCCUAUUCCCUUCCGGCGGAUAGGAACACGUUUUGAUGCAGCUUGAGUAUCUCCAUACUAAUAUAUAGUUGUCUUCAAAUCAUGAA